AUGAAAAAUAGGACAUAUGCAACUGAUUUUGUCAAAGAAAAGCUGAUAGAACAAAUUGCCAAACCUGCAACAAAAAGUAAACGCAAAGUCACAGUUGUGGGCAGCGGUCAAGUGGGCAUAGCAACUGUAAUUAGCAUAUUGGCGCAAAAUGUUUCAAAUGAAGUGUGUAUAAUAGAUGCCAAUGAAAAAUUAGUAAAUGCUGAGGCCAAAGACAUACAACACGGCUCGGCGUUUUUAAGGGAUGCCAAAGUAAUUGCCAGUAAGGUUUAUGAAAGCUCAAAAGAUUCGGCUGUGUGUAUUGUGACAGCUGGCGCACGUCAAAAGGAGGGGCAAACUCGAUUGGAUUUACUGAAAACAAAUGUCGAUAUUUUAAGUCAAAUAGUACCGCAACUUGUCAAAUAUUCGCCCAAAACUGUGAUAGUUAUGAUCACUAAUCCAUGCGAUGUUUUGACUUACGCCGCUUGGAAGUUGUCUGGCCUGCCUGUGGAGCGUGUCUUUGCCACGGGUACUCACUUGGAUACAUCACGAUUUCGAUACUUCAUAGCGCAACGUUUAGGUGUCUCAGCCAGUUCCGUACAGGGUUAUAUAAUAGGUGAACAUGGCGAUAGCUCGGUGCCGGUAUGGAGCGGCGUUAGUGUGGGUGGUGUGCGAUUCUCUGACCUUAACAAAUGUAUAGGCAGUGAAGGUGACACAGAUGGAUGGAAUGAGAUACACAAACAAGUUGUCAAAGCGGCCUAUGAAGUGAUUGCGGGCAAAGGUUACACUAACUGGGCCAUUGGACUUACUGCCGCAUCUGUUGCUUCAAUGAUUUUGGAUAACAAAAACGAAGUUGCCACUGUUUCCACUUUAGCAAAAGAUCAUCAGUGCAUCGAACAGGAUGUAUUCCUCUCUUUGCCGGUGGUUAUUGGUGCGAAUGGCAUAACAUCUUUUGUGAAUCUACAGCUAAGCGAGAUGGAACAAAAAAACUUAUGCAAAUCUGCUGAAAUUUUGGAUAAGGCGACGAAAUCUAUUAGUGAGAAGUCAGCGGAAAACAAGAAGAAGAAAUGAAAAGAAAAAUUUGUGUCAACAGUAAACGCUAUAGAAAAUCAAUAGUGUUAGUUCCUACUUAUUAGUCGUACUAAUCUGUUGUUUUUUGCAAAUUUAAUUUGAAUACAAAAAAUUAUCAAAUGUGUAAAGAAAUCAAGUUGUUAAAAACCAUA